AUGGCUCGAUGGCUGCGGCUGGGCGCCAGUGCCCGCGUGGGCACAGGGCUGUGGCAGGUUCUGCUGGCCGGCACCAUCCUCACCAGCCACAUCCACCCCAACGAUGCUCAACAAAGUGCCACGGUGCCCAUUCCUGUGCCUGGCUCUGGCUCUGACCUGCUCCCCCACUUCCUGCUAGAACCUGAGGAUGUUUAUAUUGUCAAAAACAAACCCGUGACAUUGACGUGCAAGGCCCUGCCUGCCACCCAGAUUUACUUCAAAUGCAAUGGUGAAUGGGUGCACCAAGGUGACCACAUCAUACAGCGCAGCAAGGAUAAGAGCACUGGCCUGCCCCUCAUGGAGGUCCGGAUAGAUAUCUCAAGGCAGCAGGUGGAGAAGAUCUUUGGCUUGGAAGAGUACUGGUGUCAGUGUGUGGCCUGGAGUUCUUCCGGCACCACCAAAAGCCAGAAGGCCUUUGUGCGCAUUGCGUACUUGAGGAAGAAUUUUGAGCAGGAGCCAGUGGCCAAAGAAGUCUCCAUUGAGCAGGGAAUUGUGCUGCCUUGCCGCCCUCCAGAGGGAAUUCCACCUGCUGAAGUGGAGUGGCUGCGCAACGAAGAACUUGUGGACCCAACCCUGGACCCCAAUUACUACAUUACACUGGAACAUAGCUUGGUGGUGAAACAAGCUCGUUUAGCUGACACAGGCAACUAUACCUGCGUGGCCAAGAACAUAGUGGCUCGCCGUCGUAGCUCACCUGCCGCUGUGAUUGUCUAUGUGAAUGGAGGCUGGUCGACGUGGACGGACUGGUCAGCCUGCAGCACCAGCUGUGGACGGGGCUGGCAGAAGCGGAGCCGGACCUGCACCAACCCAGCGCCACUCAACGGGGGGGCCUUCUGUGAGGGCCAGAAUGUGCAGAAAACUUCCUGCGCCACCCUGUGCCCAGUACCUGGUGGUUGGUCAGCCUGGAGUUUGUGGUCGGUGUGUGGUGCUGACUGUACACAUUGGCGCAGCCGUGAAUGCUCUGAUCCGGUGCCCCGUAAUGGUGGGGAUGAGUGCCAGGGGCCUGAACUGGAAACCCGCAAUUGCACCAGUGAACUGUGUACGCAUGAAACUGGUGGCUCUGAGGAUGUGGCCCUGUAUGUUGGCUUGAUUGCUGUAGCCGUCUGCUUGGUAUUGCUGCUUCUAGUGGUAACCCUUGUCUACUGCCGGAAGAAGGAAGGGUUGGAUUCAGAUGUAGCUGACUCUUCUAUUCUCACUGCUGGCUUCCAGCCAGUUGGCAUCAAGCCCACCAAAGCAGAUAAUUCCCACCUAUUGACAAUCCAGCCUGAUCUGAGCACCACUACCAUGACCUACCAAGGCUCACUGUGUCCACGCCAGGAUGGGCCUGGCAAGUUCCAGAUUGGCAAUGGGCACCUGCUUAGCCCCCUGGGCAGUGGACGCCACACUCUUCACCACAGCUCUCCCAGUGCUGAUCCAGUAGACUUUGUCUCACGAUUCUCUACCCAGAAUUUCUUCCGCUCUUUACCCAGGGGUGCUGCCAACAUGGCGUAUGGAACAUUCAACUUCUUGGGUGGACGUUUAAUGAUACCCAACACAGGUGUCAGCUUGCUCAUCCCACCCGAUGCCAUCCCACGGGGGAAAAUCUAUGAAAUCUACCUAACUCUGCACAAGCAGGAGGACGUGAGGCUUCCGCUGGCAGGCUGCCAGACUUUACUGAGCCCCAUUGUUAGUUGUGGCCCUCCGGGGGUGCUGCUCACCAGACCUGUUAUCCUAGCCAUAGAUCACUGUGUGGAGCCAAACCCUGAGACCUGGAACCUGCGCCUCAAGAAGCAGUCCUGUGAGGGCACAUGGGAGGACGUACUGCAGUUGGGAGACCCAGGAUCUUCUGAACUGUUCCAUUGCCAGUUGGAACCCCAAGCUUGCUACAUCUUCACUGAGCAAUUGGGCCGCUUUGCGUUGGUGGGAGAAUCACUCAGCAUGGCUGCUUCAAAGCGCCUGAAACUGGUUCUCUUUGCACCGACAACUUGUACUGGGCUGGAAUAUGAUGUCCGUGUAUAUUGCCUCAGUGACACCCGUGAUGCACUUAAGGAAGUAGUGCAAAUAGAGAAGCAAAUGGGUGGACAGCUGAUCGGUGCACCGCGAAUCUUGCACUUCAAGGACAGUUAUCACAAUCUGCGUCUCUCCAUCCAUGAUGUGCCCAGCUCACUGUGGAAGAGCAAGCUUCUAGUCAGCUACCAGGAAAUUCCCUUCUACCAUCUUUGGAGUGGGCUGCAGCCCUACCUACACUGUACCUUCACACUGGAGCGACUCAGCACCAACACAUGCCAAUUGGCAUGCAAAAUUUGGAUCUGGCAGGUGGAGGGUGACGGGCAGAGCUUCAAUAUUGACUUCAACAUUGCCAGGGAUGCACGGUUUUCGGACUGGCUACCCCCAGACAAUGAGGCUGGCUCUCCUGCCCUGGUGGGCCCCAGUGCCUUCAAGAUUCCUUUUCUUAUCCGCCAGAAAAUCAUAAGUAGUCUGGAUGCCCCGGUGGCCCGUGGGGCUGACUGGAGAGCAUUAGCCCAAAAGCUGCACCUUGACAGCCAUCUCAGCUACUUUGCUUCAAAACCAAGCCCAACAGCCAUGAUCUUGAACUUAUGGGAGGCACGUCACUUCCCCAAUGGAAACCUCAACCAGCUGGCUGCUGCUGUGGCUGAAGUGGGCAAGCAGGACAGCUCCCUUUUCAUGGUUUCAGAAGCUGAGUGCUAA